AUGGUAACCCUCAGGUCACGAUGGCCACUGGCACCCACAACAAAGGAGCAGAAUAUUUGGCACAUUCUGGGCAUCCAGAGGGCUGAGGAUCAGAGGAGGAGAUCAUUCGCCCUGCCAUCCACCCAGCUUGGGCAUUCAGGGGCCCAGACUGGCUACAGAUUAGCCUGCAGCGAUAACCUGCACUUCUGGAGUCUGGCGAAGACUGGUGGAGACCAUGGUACACCAGAGAGGAACUACAAAGAGACGGUGGCCAAAGAGUUUCAGUGUGAGCCUGAGCCUGGUUCUCAGACAAAUCCCUUUCCUCUCAACUCCAGGCCUGAGCCUGGUUCUCAGACAAAUCCCUUUCCUCUCAACUCCAGGCCUGAGCCUGGUUCUCAGACAAAUCCCUUUCCUCUCAACUCCAGGCCUGAGCCUGGUUCUCAGACAAAUCCCUUUCCUCUCAACUCCAGGCCUGAGCCUGGUUCUCAGACAAAUCCUUCUCCUCUCAACUCCAGGCCUGAGCCUGGUUCUCAGACAAAUCCUUCUCCUCUCAACUCCAGGCCUGAGCCUGGUUCUCAGACAAAUCCCUUUCCUCUCAACUCCAGGCCUGAGCCUGGUUCUCAGACAAAUCCCUUUCCUCUCAACUCCAGGCCUGAGCCUGGUUCUCAGACAAAUCCUUCUCCUCUCAACUCCAGGCCUGAGCCUGGUUCUCAGACAAAUCCCUUUCCUCUCAACUCCAGGCCUGAGCCUGGUUCUCAGACAAAUCCUUCUCCUCUCAACUCCAGGCCUGAGCCUGGUUCUCAGACAAAUCCCUUUCCUCUCAACUCCAGGCCUGAGCCUGGUUCUCAGACAAAUCCCUUUCCUCUCAACUCCAGGCCUGAGCCUGGUUCUCAGACAAAUCCCUUUCCUCUCAACUCCAGGCCUGAGCCUGGUUCUCAGACAAAUCCUUCUCCUCUCAACUCCAGGCCUGAGCCUGGUUCUCAGACAAAUCCCUUUCCUCUCAACUCCAGGCCUGAGCCUGGUUCUCAGACAAAUCCCUUUCCUCUCAACUCCAGGCCUGAGCCUGGUUCUCAGACAAAUCCCUUUCCUCUCAACUCCAGGCCUGAGCCUGGUUCUCAGACAAAUCCCUUUCCUCUCAACUCCAGGCCUGAGCCUGGUUCUCAGACAAAUCCCUUUCCUCUCAACUCCAGGCCUGAGCCUGGUUCUCAGACAAAUCCCUUUCCUCUCAACUCCAGGCCUGAGCCUGGUUCUCAGACAAAUCCCUUUCCUCUCAACUCCAGGCCUGAGCCUGGUUCUCAGACAAAUCCCUUUCCUCUCAACUCCAGGCCUGAGCCUGGUUCUCAGACAAAUCCCUUUCCUCUCAACUCCAGGCCUGAGCCUGGUUCUCAGACAAAUCCCUUUCCUCUCAACUCCAGGCCUGAGCCUGGUUCUCAGACAAAUCCCUUUCCUCUCAACUCCAGGCCUGAGCCUGGUUCUCAGACAAAUCCCUUUCCUCUCAACUCCAGGCCUGAGCCUCAGACAAAUCCCUUUCCUCUCAACUCCAGGCCUGAGCCUGGUUCUCAGACAAAUCCCUUUCCUCUCAACUCCAGGCCUGAGCCUGGUUCUCAGACAAAUCCCUUUCCUCUCAACUCCAGGCCUGAGCCUGGUUCUCAGACAAAUCCCUUUCCUCUCAACUCCAGGCCUGAGCCUGGUUCUCAGACAAAUCCCUUUCCUCUCAACUCCAGGCCUGAGCCUGGUUCUCAGACAAAUCCCUUUCCUCUCAACUCCAGGCCUGAGCCUGGUUCUCAGACAAAUCCCUUUCCUCUCAACUCCAGGCCUGAGCCUGGUUCUCAGACAAAUCCCUUUCCUCUCAACUCCAGGCCUGAGCCUGGUUCUCAGACAAAUCCCUUUCCUCUCAACUCCAGGCCUGAGCCUGGUUCUCAGACAAAUCCCUUUCCUCUCAACUCCAGGCCUGAGCCUGGUUCUCAGACAAAUCCCUUUCCUCUCAACUCCAGGCCUGAGCCUGGUUCUCAGACAAAUCCCUUUCCUCUCAACUCCAGGCCUGAGCCUGGUUCUCAGACAAAUCCCUUUCCUCUCAACUCCAGGCCUGAGCCUGGUUCUCAGACAAAUCCCUUUCCUCUCAACUCCAGGCCUGAGCCUGGUUCUCAGACAAAUCCCUUUCCUCUCAACUCCAGGUCUGAGCCUGGUUCUCAGACAAAUCCCUUUCCUCUCAACUCCAGGCCUGAGCCUGGUUCUAAGACAAAUCCCUUUCCUCUCAACUCCAGGCCUGAGCCUGGUUCUCAGACAAAUCCCUUUCCUCUCAACUCCAGGCCUGAGCCUGGUUCUCAGUUUUCCUCAACUCCAGGUCUGACAGUUCUCAACAUCUGA